GAUGGCCUCUGCCACAUGACCUUCCUUUGUCCUUCCCAGGCUGCUGCCAUGCACUCUGACUGCAUCCUGAAGAAGGAGGAAGCCAUGUGCCUGGAGAAGAUUGAGCGGGCUAACGAGAUGAUGGGGCUGAACGAGUCCGUGCCAGGCUGUCCGGGGAUGUGGGACAACAUCACGUGCUGGAGGCCGGCCGUCGUGGGACAGGUGGUGGAGGUUGGCUGCCCCGAGCUCUUUCAGAUCGUCAACGAAGGAGGAUUUGACUUAGCGGACAAUGAAGCUUUGGAGUCUUCAGACACCGGGGUCGUGAGCAGGAACUGUACGGAGGACGGCUGGUCCGAGCCCUUCCCCCACUAUUUUGACGCUUGUGGAUACGAUGACUACCUUGAGGGGGGUGGGAACCAGGAUUACUACUACCUGUCGGUGAAGGCGCUCUACACGGUGGGCUACAGCACCUCCCUGGUCUCCCUCACCACGGCCAUGGUCAUCUUGUGCCGCUUCCGGAAGCUGCACUGCACCCGCAACUUCAUCCACAUGAAUCUCUUCGUGUCCUUCAUCCUGCGGGCGAUAUCCGUCUUCAUCAAGGACUGGAUCCUGUACGCGGAGCAGGACAACAACCACUGCUUCACCUCCACCGUGGAGUGCAAGGCCGUGAUGGUCUUCUUCCAUUACUGCGUCAUGUCCAACUACUUCUGGCUCUUCAUCGAGGGCCUCUACCUCUUCACGCUCCUGGUGGAGACCUUCUUCCCCGAGCGCAGAUACUUCUACUGGUACAGCAUCAUCGGCUGGGGGACCCCGACCAUCUGCGUGACCGUCUGGGCCGUGCUGAGGAUCCACUUUGAUGACAACGGCUGCUGGGACAUGAACGACAACACAGCCCUGUGGUGGGUCAUCAAAGGCCCAGUGGUGGGCUCCAUCAUGAUCAACUUUGUCCUGUUCAUCGGCAUCAUCGUGAUCCUGGUGCAGAAGCUCCAGUCCCCGGACAUCGGAGGCAACGAGUCCAGCAUCUACCUCAACUGCGUGCAGAAAUGUUACUGCAGGCCAAAGCGGGCUCAGCAGCACUCUUGCAGGAUGUCAGAGCUGUCCACCAUUACUCUGAGGCUGGCCCGCUCCACACUGCUGCUCAUCCCACUCUUUGGAAUCCACUACACGGUGUUCGCCUUCUCACCAGAGAAUGUCAGCAAGAGGGAGAGACUCGUGUUUGAACUGGGACUGGGCUCCUUCCAGGGCUUCGUGGUGGCCGUCCUCUACUGCUUCCUGAAUGGCGAGUUUCUCCCUAAAGGUGCAGUCCGAAAUAAAGAGGAAAUGGAGGAGCUGGAAAGUCAACCGGUACUUUGCUGUGGAUUUCAAGCACCGGCAUCCCUCCCUGGCCAGCAGCGGGGUGAACGGGGGCACGCAGCUGUCCAUCCUGAGCAAGAGCAGCUCGCAGAUCCGCAUGUCCAGCAUCAACGCCGAGAACCUGGCCACCUGAGCGGCCCCGGCCCGGCCGCCCUCCUGCCCCUGGCUGAAAGAGUGGCAUUGUGGGAGUGGGGCAGGAGGGCGCCAGGGGCUCCCGAGGACGUCUGAGUGGGAGCGAGUGUGCGAGUGAGUGGGAGCCCGGGUCUCCAGAGGAGGCCGCAAUGCUUGUCCCUUUGGAAACGGUCGGGCUCUUCUCCCAUCCCCUUCCCCGUCCCUUGUAAAUAGAGCCACCGAGCUGGGACCCAGGGCCCCCCAACUCGCAGCCCGUGCCCGUCGAAGCCGCGCCCUCACUCACUUCUUGCAGCCUCGGUGAGGGGGGCACGGCUGCCAGGGAGCACUCGCUGCCAGGGAGCACUCAGUGCCCUCUGCCUCCUCGUGGGUCCCUGCAUGGGGAGGGGCCUCCAUUUCCCUCAGCCGCUUCCCCUCCCGCAGGGGCCGAGGGCUCAGAUCCCCGGGCUGGACUCUUCAAAACUGGCAGCGGGUGAAUGGGGAACAUGGUGACUGUUCUAGCUCCCAGGGGGUGAGGGUGGAGGGCAGGUAUGAGCUUUGAAGCCAGCAGGGGGGUUUUGGUGCCCUUGGGGGGGGGAACCUGAGCUCCCCGACUACCCCAGCCAGGUCCCAGGAACGUGGGGGGUAUCUCGGCCCAGCCCCGGCUCUAUCUUCCCCGCUGCCAUUCUUGGAGUCCCUUAGCACCGAUUAGUUAGUGAUCGCCCUGUUUCUGAGCCACCCCCAGCCCCACCAAGGAGUCCCCGCUCCUUAAAUCUAAGGCCGACUGGCCCGCCCCUCUGUGGUGAUGCCCGUCAAACCCGAGGGGGCCCCCCCUCCACCAGCAGCUGAGCCUGAGGGACAGCCUGGGGCGGGCCAGGCUGGCUCCUUGUCCCCGGGGGCCCGGCCCAUGCCAGGGUGAGGGCCCGGCUCCUUGUCCCUGGGGGCCCGGCCCAUGCCAGGGUGAGGGCCCGGCCUGUGCCAUGGUGAGGGCCUGGCUCCUUGUCCCCAAGGGCCGAGCCCCUGGAGUGGAUGCUGGGGUAGAGCUGGGGCCUCGAGCGGCCUUCCCAAGAGCCUUGGCCUCCUCCUCCCUGCAUGGAGCCUGCAGACCGCCUGGCCCCCUUCCAUUCCCAGCUGUGGGCAGAACUUACAGGAACAAGGGGCCAGGGCUCGGCCUGCCCCGCCGUGCUGGGCCAGCAGAAGGAGGUCGGGGCCUUGGGCCUGGCUGAGCUUCCUGCGGCCUGAGAUUGUGGGGGCUCUCGGGGGACCCGGCCUGGUGGCGCCACUUUACAGGGAGCCUGGAUGACCAGAGCCCACCUGGACCCCGUGACCUGACCAGGUUCCUCUUGCUCAGCGCUCCCGGGCUGCCCGGAACCACGGAUUCUUGGAUGGGGCCGGGCCCGAGCGUGGGAGAGGAGGCCCGGGGGCCGGAGCCGGGACACCCUGUCUGCCGGGAGCCCGGAGGAUGCGGCUUAUGUUUUGGGCGUCGCUCGGCCCACCGGGCACAGAGGGCGCUAACCGUGGGAAGCCCGUGGGCUAAGCCGUGGGCACAGGACUUCCCGCCAAGCUCCGGCCUCUGUCCCGAGAGCGCGUGGGGGCCCAAGCUCCCCAGAAGGAUGGCGCCUGCGGCCCCAGAACUUGGCCCCCUCGGCCAGUGCCAAAGAGUCCGUGGUCUGCCUGUUUUCUCAGACCCUCCCUGGGGAAGGGGGUGGGGCAGAACGGGGACCCCGAGCCACUCCCGGCUGCCCCUCGGCCUGAGGUCCCCCCGCCCCCAACGUGCUGCGGGCCAUCAGUCAGCAUUAAGGCUGGAUGGCGCGUCCUGGAGCUGGGAAAUUGCCAGAACCUUCUGCUCACCAACUCCUAGGGGGCCCAGGCACCCACAGCCGCGCUCCCGGACCCGCCUGGGCAAGGAACCCCACGUCCCACUGCCCAGGGCUGGAGCGGCCCUGGCCCUGGGGACAAGAGUGAGCCUGCAGCACCUGGAGCCGGGCCCGGCUCCUGAGGAAAUGCCCUAAACCACUGCCUUCUGGACAUCGGGGGCGCCGCUGGUCUCCCCCAGACCUGGCUCAGAGCCCCAAAGAAGGGUCUUACAGUAAGGGGAAAGUGGAGGGGAAAUCACCCCCCAUCCUGCCUCCCUCCCUCCCCCCCCGGGGGCCAUGGCCACUCCCCAGUGUCACCCCCAGUGCCAUAAGUCCCUCCCCCCUCCCCUGGAGGCUGUGGCUGCUCCCCAGUGUCACCCCCAGUGCCAUAAGUCACUCCCUCCUCCCCCAGAGGCCACGGGCACUCCCCGGUGUCACCCCCAGUGCCAUAAGUCACUCCCUCCUCCCUCAGGGGUCGCGGCCGCUCCCCGGUGUCACCCCCAGUACCAUAAGUCACUCCCUCCUCCCCCGGGGGCCGCGACUGCUCCCUGGUGUCACCCCCAGUGCCGCAGUGCCCCCCAUCGCCUCUGAGAGCUUUGCCUGCCUAUGGAUGCUCCUGCCCCCCUUGCUCAGACCCCUGCCCCCCUUGCUCAGACCCCCUUCCCCCCUGUGCCGGGGAGCUCUCUCCAUCGAAGCUGAGAGGGCCUGGGACAGCCUGGGCCUGCUCCGGGGGCACAGCGAGAUUACCGCGGGGGCCGUGUGGUCCUGGACAAGUGGCCCUCUCCGCAUCCAGAGGACCGUCUCCAUCCAGGUCCCAGCCUGGACGCCGCAGGCCGUGUCCCCGGGGGCCGCCGAGGGAGCCCCCGUUCCCGUGGGACUUUCAUGGGCACCGGCAGAGCCUGGAAUGCCGGGCCGGGCCUGACCGGGCCCAAACCCCCUCCCUGGGGGGGUCCUCAGGCCUCCAGGCCAUUGUUCCUUGGCCUCCACCCUGGUGAAGAAGAGGCUACGGAAUCCGCCUCCACCGCGGACCAACCAGCUGGCCUUGGAACCAGUCACUGAACCAAGAUUUCUGUCCCUCAGGCUCCCCAUCUGUAAAAUGGGGCUGGGAACGACAGCCCCCAGUAGCUGAGAGGCCUCAGGAGGGAGCUGCCCCUCUGCUCGGGGUCUUCAGAAGCGCCGGGCCAGGAAACAUCCCGGGCCAGGAAACGCCCAGGCCCAGCUUGACCAGAGCUUUGCCGGGCCUGGGCCCCAGGACUGGAUCUCGCCAUCCCCACCCCUGGGGAGGUCCGGAAGGCUCUCUCAGCCACGGAGCCCCGCCAGCAUCUGCUGGGAGGCACAGAGGGAGUUGGGGGUCUGGGGGGACUCGGCUUAGGCUCUCCGUGCUCAUCUUUGUGAAUAACUUCUUACUUCUGUAUCUGGGGGGAGGGGGAGAACAUGAGGGGUUCCAUGGGGGCACCCCCAAUCACCCCAGACCGUAGAUAAGAGAGACGUCAUGAGGGCCCAUGGGGGACCCCUCUUCUCGCUCUCUUCCCUGCCCCCUGCCCCCUCUCUGUCCUGUCCAGUGGGUGUCUGUCUUGCCGUGUUGGGAUUUCCAUGAGGGUUGGGGUCAUCUUGGGCAUCCAGCUUUCGUCCCCCAACUGGGGGGGGGGUUUGGGGGGGUUGGGGUCCCUUGUUUGUGGAUGUCAAACUCCUGGGCCCUGCUAUAGCCUCCAGGAUGAACCCCACGCACCCCCUGGGGCUGCUGGGCUCUCCGAGGCCUCCCCCUUCUGUAGUUGGUUCAAUAAAUGUCUUCUCAUUUUUACCUGG